CUUCCAACUUCUCUCUCUUUUUCUCUAUUCCUUAUUCCUCAAUUCUCCUUCACCCCGACUGACGGACUCUUCUCCACCCACUCAAUUGGUUGAUCUGAACACACUUUUCCCCUGCCACUCGUUUCUCAUCCGUCGAUCUCCCUUUCAUCCCUCCUUCUCCCUCUACCUACACUACAACUAAAUUGCGGGCGGGUCCUGCAAGAUUCCCGCUCCAUCUCCUCCCCCUCCUCCCCCUCCUUCAACUUCGAAUGAAUGAUGCGCCCCAAGCCGGCGUCUUCAUUGCAGAAGACCUACGAUGAUUGCUAUUUGAUGUGCUCUACUGCCGUCUAUUUCGAGGGUCAGAAUAAUGAGGAGGAAGCCUUAAGAUCUUGGCGCUCCGCCCUGGAAACGAUCUACUAUCACAACGCUUAUCGAGUCCCCGCCAAGUAUACCCCCAAGAACGAAACCGAACGGGCUCUGCAGGACUCCAUCCGUCAGUUGGAGCUGCAAUGCCGCGAGCGCGUCGAUCUCCUCCAGGCCCUUCGCGAAAGUAGAAAGGAUUCAUCGGGCAAAUCGCCGCCGCGCGCCACCCCCGGUUGGAUCGGCGACGGGACCGUCCCCGCCGUUGGAUACACCGAUCUCUCCAAACCGCCCACCAUCCCGGGUCGUCCGACUCCCACCACCACCGUCAGUUCGGAGUCAAUCCGGCGGGAAUCAGCCAGUGCCGCCACGUCUCCCCCCAUGCCGGGAACCCCCGCCCUGCGCACCCAGUCGCAUUCCCCGAGCAAGGCCGAUUCGCGCACCUCGAGCCCCGAGCGGCGGAAGCUGACCAUGCCUUUUACCCUGCGCAGUUCGGAGAUCAAGAAACAGAGCAAGAAGAAGGACAGCUCUCGCCGGAGGGAUCUGCGGCCGGCCGCAGCCUCUCAGGCUGCAGGGCUGGCCUGGGGUAGUAUCUACCCGUCCUUCACGCCGCCAGACCGAACGGCCAGUGAUGCGGCAUUGGCCUCAACCCGGGCCUCCAACGACUCGAGCAUCCGAAAAGAGUCCGAAUCCCGUCGUCCGCUCUCCGGCGACGAGCGUGUUCCAAGGAGAGCAACACAUCCGGCGGAUGAUCCCGACGAACGUCGACAUGGCCGGAAACCUCGUGCCUCAGACCAGUCGGUAUCGCAUCGGCCCUCUGCACGGAGAACGGCAACCUCCUCCUCCACUACCACCCCUACCACAUCGACGCACCGCAAACCGGUCGGCGAAGUUCGACAUCAGUCCUCCAAUCAGUCGCUCCCCGCGUCGGUUGAAUCCCAGUCAAGGAAUGCCGGUCGGCCGCAGCCUCCGCCGAAGCCUUCUAUCAAACCGAAACCAGUCUCCCUACGGUCACCCCAUCCCACUUCUUCCCCGUCAGGAGUGUCACCACACCCGCCGGAAGGUUCGGGCGCGCCGCGAACCAAGCCGGCAUCUCGUCCACGGAUUACUCCCACCUCGUCGACCGAUGGCAGGCUGGUUCCUGGGUUGGACCGACUGGCGCUUUCACCCAGCAGCGCGAGAAUCGCUGCUCAAUCGCCAGGAGGCGUGAAUCGCACUGUGACGCCUCCUUCCAGCGACCCCGAAUCAUCUGGUCCCAAGUCUACAGAUCCGGACGAGGAAGACCUCGAGGAAGAAGACGAAGAGGAUGCCAUCAUGAAUGUGAUGAACAAGCUCCCCAGGGGCAUCGAUGCGGCGGCUGCGCGCCAAAUACUGAACGACAUCGUUGUCCGCGGCGACGAAGUUCACUGGGACGAUAUCGCCGGUCUGGACGGAGCCAAGAAGGCCCUCAAAGAAGCCGUGGUCUACCCUUUUCUCCGGCCCGAUCUGUUCUCGGGUCUGCGCGAGCCGGCGCGCGGCAUGCUCCUCUUCGGACCGCCCGGCACGGGCAAGACGAUGCUUGCCCGCGCGGUGGCCACCGAAUCCCGAUCGACCUUCUUCUCCGUCUCGGCCUCCACGCUCACCUCCAAGUGGCACGGCGAGAGUGAGAAGCUCGUGCGCGCGCUGUUCGGCCUGGCCAAAGCCCUGGCCCCGUCCAUCAUCUUUGUCGACGAGAUCGACUCCCUGCUCUCCGCGCGCUCCUCAGGCACCGAGAAUGAAGCCUCCCGCCGCUCCAAGACCGAAUUCCUGAUCCAAUGGUCCGACCUCCAACGCGCCGCCGCCGGCCGCGAACAGAAGGACAAGAAGAUCGGCGACGCCAGCCGCGUGCUCGUCCUCGCCGCCACGAACAUGCCCUGGGACAUCGACGAGGCGGCCCGUCGCCGCUUCGUGCGGCGACAAUACAUCCCACUCCCCGAACAGCACGUCCGCGAACAGCAACUCCGCAAACUGCUCAGCCACCAGAACCACGAGUUGACGGAUGAGGACAUCGAGGUAUUAGUCCAGGUCACGGAGGGCUUCUCCGGCUCCGACAUGACCGCCCUGGCCAAAGACGCCGCCAUGGGCCCGCUCCGCAACCUCGGCGAGGCAUUACUGCACACCCCGAUGGACCAGAUUCGACCGAUCCGGUUCCAGGACUUCGAGGCGAGCUUGCUCUCCAUCCGGCCGAGUGUCAGUAAGGACGGGUUACAGGAGUAUGAGGAGUGGGCGAGACAGUUCGGUGAACGGGGAGGAUAGAGCAGAGGGGUUCGGCAUCUUUGACUUUUUUUUCUUCUAUACUUCUUCCCUAUUCCUUGAUCUCAUUGUCGUGGCAUUUGGUUGGUCUGGGUGCUUGGAGGGGAGUCAGUCUUUUGAUCUGUAUACGGGAUGUACACUUGGUACGGGGUAUGGGGUAUGCGAUGGACGGCUAGGCUAGGGUUGGGACUACGGAGUAUUUUUUUUUUUGUGUUUGUUUUUUCUUUCUUUCGGACCGGACAACUCGAGUACAGGCGUUUCUGUGGGGAGGGUCGGCUAGCCAGGCUUUGGGAGAAAAUGGUCGGGGAUUUGGGUUGGGUUUGUUUCAAGAUGGACGGCCGGACAAAGGCUCUUUUGGGGUGUUUAUUCGAGGUCACUGUCGGGAGGAUGAUUUCCUGUAGUAUGUAGGUGUAACUGUACGGAACAAAGUUUCAAUGGGGAUGGCGAUAGCGAUAGCGAUAGCGAUAGGUAUAGGUGUCAAUCAGGGCUCUUAGGCAC